CAGCAGGGGUGCCGGGCUGUUCCCUUUGCUGCCUUCACAGCACGGAGCUCCUUCUGCUGUGGUUUUGACAGAGUGAUUCAUAACCUGUGGCUGCUCAGAGUCGUCUCACUGUUGCAGGGGGAGCUUACAGACAAGCCAGGGAGGAGGCUGGAGUAAUGCACGGGUGACAGACGAGAGUUGGAGGCAUCGGGAUGAACACGUGUGUAGCAUAAUACGCACACAGACGUGUGUAGGUGAGCACACACACUUUGCUCUGUCAGCAGAGAGGACCUAGGAUAGGAAAGGGCCACCCAAGAGCCAGAUCUCGGGCUUUUGUUUUCUCCAUUGGAAGGGACCAAGGCUUCUUGGAGAAAUGACCAGCUCUAACACAGGGCAGGGAAUAGAGAAAGAUGAGCUGGUUUCAGCUGCCCAGCCUGCUGGGGCCCCGACCGAGCAGAUGGCGUCAUCCCUUCGCGGGGGCUCCACCCCUCACCUGCCCGGGGCUGCGUGGCCGUCCUGUCGGCAUCCCUACCCUGGACAGACGGCAAAUGAGUGUGGUGCCUGAGGUCAUGCUGACUCCCAGGGUGGCAGUGGGGACGCCAUCCUGCCAGGGCAGGAGAGGCUUUUUUUGCCCUGCCUCACAGGUGACUGGAGCUCUGCUGGCGGUGUCCUCAGCUGUGCCCGGGCAGAGGUUGCCUUUCGCUGUCACUGAGCUGUCCUCUUGGUGGUUUUCGAGUUGCCACUGGGUUGAACUUGGACAGAUGAGAAGGUCGGCAGGGCCCUUUGUGGGAUGUGGCCUUGGUGGGCGGAGGGCAGAGCUGAGCCUGGGCGUAUGGGUACAGGGGCCUGGCAGACCUGUGGCUGUGCUCCAUGCUGGCUGGGGCUUGUCAGCGGGCACGGGGAAGGGCUGUCACUGUCACUGUGGUUGGAACUGAAACCAGGGUUGAGCAGAUGUUUGAUUUGUCAGUACUUUGUGGCCUCCUGCGUAUACAACAGCUACAGAGAAGUUCUUGGGCACACAGCUUCUUUCACCCUCCUAGGAAGGUGUUCUGGAUGUUUCUAUCCAGGUCUGCCCUCCAGGAGCAGCCUCUGCCCAGUGCGAGCUCGGUGCGUGCCCCGGAUGCCCUGGAAGCCAGCCAGCUUUAUCUUUCCAAGGCUGUGAAGUCUAAAGCAAAGCCCAAUGGAAAGAAACCUGCCGCGGAGGAGAAGAAGAUGUACCUGGAGCCGGAGUACGCCAAGUCCAGAAUCACUGACGUUGGGUUCAAGGAGCUGGUGGUGCUGCCCCGGGAGAUCGACCUCAACGAGUGGCUGGCCAGCAACACCACCACGUUUUUCCACCAUGUCAACCUGCAGUACAGCACCAUCUCUGAGUUUUGCACAGGAGAGGCAUGCCAGACGAUGGCCGUGUGCAACACACAGUACUACUGGUACGAUGAGCGGGGGAAGAAGGUCAAGUGCACCGCUCCCCAGUACGUCGACUUUGUCAUGAGCUCUGUGCAGAAGCUGGUGACUGAUGAGGACGUGUUCCCCACGAAAUACGGCAGGGAAUUCCCCAGCUCCUUCGAGUCUCUGGUGAAGAAGAUCUGCAAGUACCUGUUCCACGUGCUGGCGCACAUCUACUGGUCCCACUUCAAGGAGACCCUGGCCCUUGAGCUGCACGGACACUUGAACACACUCUACGUCCACUUCAUCCUCUUUGCCAGGGAGUUCAACCUGCUCGACCCCAAAGACACCGCCGUCAUGGACGACCUCACGGAGGUGCUGUGCAGCGGCGGCGGCGGCGGCGGCGGCGGCGGGGGCCGCGGCGGGGGCGGGGCCGGCGGCGGGGGCGGGGCCAGCGGCGGGGGCGCGGGGGCACAGAACCACGUGAAGGAGAGGUGAGCCCCCGGCCGGACAGGCGUGCACGUGUGCAGAGAGACGGUGGUCCGUGUGCCUGCGUGUGCGCGCACACGUCCCGGGCGCGCUCGGCGGGAGGUCUGAGAGGCUGACGCCGCCCCCCCUGCCCGGCCCCGGGCGCGCCGAGCACGGGCUCCCCGGACGCCGGCAGGCCGCGCGUCGGACUGGCCCCCGCCGGGGCUGUCCUGUUGGAUGGAUGAGUGCCGCUUGUCAAGAAGGACCCUCGGAUUUCAUUCGUUCGCUCGACAGCGUUUAUGGGACUGCCGGUCUGAGUUUCCUUCUCCUGUGGGGCUUUCCUUUCCUUGGUCUUCCGUGUGGCACCUGCCCCCGCCUCCCCUGAGGGCUCUGCUGUUUUGAGAGAAACACACCAGUGAGAGCCGGGGCUCCUUCCCAGGAGGGACUCUGGCUCGCUUUGGUUUGGCAUCAGGGUGGGGUUAUUCUAGAGAUUCCGCCCCAUCCCCCCCCCUCAGACCUCCCUCUUCCUGGCCUUGCUUGGAUCUUGGCUGUUGGCGGCUCAGAGCAGGUGGGGUAGGGUGGGCGUGGCCGGGGGUGCCCCACAGGGGCCCUGACCCUGUGGCCAUGUCCCCCUCUCUCCUGCCCCUGUUGCCCAGGAGGGCCCCUGGACUAGCUGGGCCUAGGACCGAGGUGCCUGGGCGGACAGACGGCCUGUGUGGAGAAGCGGCUGUUGGCGGAAGGCUGGGUGUCCCUGCUCCGCUCACCUGUUCGGUCGGUCGUAAUAAAAAGAAUUCUCUCAGGUCA